GUGCCCUGGAAAAAGAGCGAUAGAGCAUGGCAGUUUUAGAUCACUUUCAACACGACAACUACCACUUCCACAACAUUUCACAUGCUGUAUUUAUCGCCACAUACCGCAUUUGCCUACUGCCUCUUUGAAGAGCUAUCUAUCACACAACUAUCUUACUCCUCUUAACCACCUAUUCGACCAUCAUGCCGACAGAUUCUUUCGUCGUGGAGCCCAAGCGGGGCUACGAACACACACAUACCGUCAUACUACUUCAUGGUAGAGGUAGCACGUCUCAAGAAUUUUCGAGUGAGUUUUUCGAAAGCGAAGCAUCAGAGCCUAAGGGCCAACCUAGAACUCUGCCCGACCUAUUCCCGACUAUUCGAUGGGUCUUCCCUUCUUCACCUCUCAUCUAUUCCACGCGAUUCGAAUGCAUGGAGUCACAAUGGUUCGACAUGUGGUCUACCGAAGAACCAAAUGAUCGACCUGAAAUUCAAGCUGCCGGAUUGAGACGCAGCAUAGAGAUGGUUACUUCUGUUAUAGCAGAGGAAGAAACUAAGAUAUCCCGCGAUAAAAUCUUUUUAGGUGGGAUUAGCCAAGGUUUCGCGGUUGCGUACGCAGCUUACGAGAUGGGAGAGAAUGGAUUGGCGGGUCUGAUUGGCUUUUCCAGCUGGGCGCCUUUGCCAGCCUUGUCCCUAAUAGCAACGAACAAUACCAUUCAGCAAGAACCCACCAACGUAUUCCUAGGACACUGCAAGGACGAUGCCGUUAUUCCCAUAAAGGAAGGCCGAUCGCUCCGUGACACUUUUGCGAGACGCGCGGGGACUGUUGUGGAGUUCCAUGCAUAUGAAGAUGGAGGACACUGGAUUAAUGAGCCACAAGGGGUAGAUGAUAUUGCCGCGUUUUUACGUUAUAACACGGCUCGAAAAUAGAAAAGCAUUAAUAACGGA